GUUGUUAACGUCAGGUCAGGGUGUCAAACUAGACAACGAUGUGAAAAGAAUUCAGACAUGCUAGUCUUGUUGAAUCAUGGUCAUGGGGUGUCUUGGAUGAGUUGUGAAUUAUGUCACACUACAGGACUGUUUGUUGAUCCUGAUGCUCUAAAUCAGGUGCGAGUUUUGACGAUGAUGGUGACAUUGCAGUUGAGCUAAAGUCUGACUGAAUUCGUGUAGUCUGAGCCAGCCUUUAAACACCUGAACAUGAAGAGAAACCUACAGUCAGUUUUCUUUUAAAAGCAGACUUUUUGCUUCAUUGUAAAAUGACUUAUCAUAAUUAUUAGAUUCUAGGCUACUUUAUCUGAUAGUGAACUCUAUUUUAUUGACACUGAUUUUAUGGAGGGCCAUACACAGUUAAAAAAUGUGUUAGGUGCAACUUUAGGAAAAUACUAAAAUCAUAAAACAACAAAUAAACCUGACACUCAUUAACGAUGAGACUGAUGUAAAUUCUACUGACCCCAUGGAAUGACCGUAAACAGGCCAUUCAUGCUUAAAAACCCUCUAAUGUGGCCGAAUUAAAAAAAAGAGUUGGCCAGAAUUCCUCCACAGUGAUGAGAAAGACUCAUUUCCAGUUACCACAAAUGCUUGCUUGCAGUUUUUGCCACUAAGGAUGAUACAACUUGUUUUUAAGUUUAGGGGCAAAUACUUUUUUACAAAGGGCCAAGUAGGUUUAGAUGGCUUUUUUCCCUUAAUAAAUAAAAUCAUCCCCUAAAAACAGCAUUUUGUAUUUACUUGAGCUAUCUUUGUUUAACAUUAAAAUUAGUGGAACAUUUAAGUGUGAAACAAAACUCAAACAACUAUAGAUACUGCUUAGAGAGGUUAUUUUGCUUAGAAAUGAUCCCUUCCUUGAAGCAGUGCUCACUAAACAAACAAUAUACAUAUUACAUAACUAUUUUGCAAGCCAAAGGUUGACUUUUGAACAAAAUGACUGGGAAGCAAUAGAUGUGUUAUGGAAGUUUGUCCAGAAAAAACAACGUUUAAGUUUUGUCAUUCGUCUCCUAUUCAGCAUCACCUUUUGGGAAAAAACAAACAGUAUUUUAUAACCCUCGCUGGGUGUUUCCAUUUAUUGUUACAAGACUCAAUUCAAACUGUCUGCAGACAAUGAAAAGCAAAAAUCAGGUUAAGGUGCACUAAAGUACACAGAUGAGUCACAUGGUUCACCUGUGGCCUAAUGACGCACUCCUGCCAAUACCUGGUUACAUAUAAACACAAAUACUCCGAUUACAGCCCCGUUCACUGGUUGAAAGUGAGUUUAAAAGAGAUCUGUUGAUCAGACAAGAGUUUAGUAGUAAGAGUUAGAGGAGCAGGAUGGACUUUUUUGCAACAUUAAUCUUAGCAGGGUUAAUCUUAACUCUGCUGUGGCUGCUAAGUGCCAUAAACAAUAAGAAGUAUAAACUGCCGCCAGGACCCACUGCUCUGCCUAUUAUAGGAAACCUGCAUCAACUGCAAAGAAAUGCACCUUAUAAAAGCAUUAUGGAGCUCAGUAAGACCUAUGGCCCUGUGAUGACACUCCACCUGGGCUGGCAGCGGGCAGUUUUUCUGGUAGGGUAUGACGCAGUGAAAGAGGCUCUGGUGGACCAGGCAGAGGAAUUUGCAGGCAGAGGUCCACUGCCAUUUCUGAUAAAAGCAACCCAUGGCUAUGGUUUGGGCGUCAGUAAUGGGGAGCGCUGGCGGCAGCUGCGACGUUUCACACUGUCAACCUUAAGAGACUUCGGGAUGGGACGCAAGGGGAUGGAAGAGUGGAUCCAGGAGGAGAGUGGGCACCUGAGAGCCCGGAUAGAGACUUUCAAAGCCAAACCAUUCAACCCCACGUUCUCGCUGAGCUGCACCGUGUCCAAUGUGAUCUGUUGUCUGGUGUUUGGUGAGCGCUUUGAUUAUGAAGACAAGGAGUUUCUGCGCCUGCUCAACAUUAUAUCUGACACCUUAAGGUAUGUCAGCGGCCCAGGGGGUCAGUUGUAUAACGUCUUUCCCUGGCUUAUGGAGCGUCUGCCCGGUCGUCACCACAAGGUUUUCGCUCAGAUUGAGGAGUUGAGAGGGUUUAUCAAAAAGAAGAUCCAAGAGCACAAAGACAGCCUGGAUCCCAGCUCCCCGAGAGACUUUAUUGACUGCUUCCUCAUCCGAAUGGAUCAGGAAAAGGACAUCCCGACAACUGAGUUCCAUUAUGAAAACUUGGUUAGUACAGUGUUGAAUCUGUUCCUGGCGGGUACAGAAGGCACCAGCUCCACCAUCAGAUAUACCAUCAGUGUGCUGCUGAAAAACCCCAGUAUUCAAGAGAAAAUGCACCAGGAGAUCGACUCUGUGCUCGGACAAAAUCGCUGUCCCAGCAUGGAGGACAGAAAGUCCCUUCCUUUCUCAGAUGCGGUCGUUCAUGAGGUCCAGCGUUUUCUCAACCUUUCCCCCAUGGGUCUCCCUCACUAUUCACUCCAGGACAUCUCUUUCAGGGGUUAUACAAUCCCAAAGGACACGUUAAUUUUCCCAACGUUGUACUCAGUGCUGUAUGAAGAAAAGCAAUGGGAGACUCCCUGGGCCUUCAACCCUAAGCACUUCUUGGACCAGAAUGGAAACUUCAAGAAAAACCCUGCUUUCAUUCCAUUUGCUGCAGGGAAGAGAGCCUGUGUUGGGGAGUCUCUUGCUCGUAUGGAGCUUUUUAUCUUCAUGGUGUCAAUGUUGCAGCACUUCAAAUUUUCCUGCACUGGAGGUCCAGACAGUAUAAACCUGGUUCCAGAGUACAGCGGCUUUGCCAAUGUGCCCCGGAGAUACCAGAUCAUCGCCACACCACGCUGAAGAGGAGCUACAUUUGAUCAUUUAUCGCCCGUUGAUUUGUUGUAUUGUGUUGCAGCAAUGUUUAGCUGACUGUUAAUAUUUGCUUUAACCAGCCUGAUGUACUAUAAUACAGACUCAUAAUAAUUAUAUUUAGCAUUAAAAAUAUCAUUUGGGUUAAAGAGCUUCUACAAAUCGGUGUAUUAACCAUUGCAGAAACAUAAAAAAUGAUUUUGAUAAUUACCAAUGCUGUUAAUUUAGGGCAGCUAUGGCAUAAACCUUACUUUGG